UGUGCGCAUGCUCACCAUGUGAUAUGAAUAACCCAGUCGGAUGCUUGGAUAGGUGAGCGCUACUACAAUGUCUGAGCUCAGUUUAAGAAAACAACUACCUUAAACAGCAUUUAUUUAACUUUUACCACUCCGACAACUUUAUAGGCGCACAAGAGAUUGAUUUAAUUCUUUAACGAGCCGCUAGUAUUUGGUUUACACGCGUUAUUGCAUUCUAUGUGUUGACAUACCUUCGUAGUAAUGUUGGCACCGGUGUUUUCCACCAUUGGGGAGCGUGUUAGGUGUUUACUUCGCCUUUUUUAAAGUUAAAUAAAAUGGGAAUUAGCAGUGUUCUGGCGUGGGACGUCGGGUCAUCUUCAGCUGACUCUUGAAUCGGACCUGAUACUUGGCUGCAACAAUCAUUAAAAAAGCAAGCAAGCAAGCAAGCAUGGAGUCUGUUGGGAAGUUUGAGUUCAGCAGGAAGGACUUAAUUGGUCACGGUGCCUUUGCUGUGGUGUUCAAGGGGAGACACAAGGAGAAACAUGGUUGGGAAGUUGCUGUAAAGUGCAUCAAUAGGAAAAACCUCGCCAAAUCCCAAUCUUUGCUUGGAAAAGAAAUCAAAAUAUUAAAGGAGCUCAAGCAUGAGAAUAUUGUUAGACUACUAGACUAUCAGGAAAUUGGAGGAUGUAUUUAUCUAGUCAUGGAGUACUGCAAUGGGGGCGACCUAGCAGAAUAUCUCCACUCAAAAGGGACUCUUAGUGAGGACACGAUCCGAGUGUUCCUGCAACAGAUUGCCCAGGCAAUGAAAGUGCUGCAAAGCAAAGGCAUCCUUCACAGAGACCUGAAACCCCAAAAUAUUUUACUCUGCCACCCAGAGGGGCGCAAGUCCAGUUCCAUCAGUGCCAGCAUCAAAAUAGCUGACUUUGGGUUUGCACGGCAUCUCCAGACAAACAUGAUGGCUGCCACGCUGUGCGGCUCUCCCAUGUACAUGGCUCCCGAGGUCAUCAUGUCACAGAAUUAUGAUGCCAAAGCCGAUCUGUGGAGCAUUGGCACCAUCGUGUACCAGUGUCUGACUGGAAAAGCUCCGUUUCAUGCCAGCUCUCCACAGGAGCUCCGUCUUUUCUAUGAAAGCAACACAAGCCUGUUACCCAGUGUCCCAAAGGAAACUUCUCCUAACCUAAGACACCUGCUGUUGGGGCUGUUGCAGCGAAACCACAAAGAACGAAUCACUUUUGAUGAAUUCUUCCAUCAUCCUUUCUUGGAGACAAGCACAUCCACAAAGAAAUGUUUACUUGUGGCACCGAUCUCCUUUCCCACCUCUGGUUCUGGAAGCUCUUCCAGCAGCUCCUCCACAUCCCAGCUGGCCUCACCCCAAUGCUCUGAUGGAGAGACGCACCAGCCCAAAGAGAUGCACUCACCCACACGAGACACCACAGGUUUCCUUCAAAAAGAAAAAGCCAAUCCAGACAUCAGUAACGCACCGUCGUACGCAGAGGAUUAUGUCAUGGUGCCAGCCCAAUUUCCUAGUGAGUAUACAAGUGAGAUGGAAUCAACCAAUGAAAGCUGUCUAAUGUGUAGUGGGGGCUCAAGACCGAUAGUGAGAGUUACUGGAACCACUAGAAGGACAUCAAACCCGUCUCUUUUGCAUUCUCCCCCCAAGGCUUGUGGCAAUCCUGUUCAACUUGAUGGCCCGGCCCGCAGCAAGUCGGUGCCCAUUCCUGUCCCGACACAGAUCCAGAACUACCAGCGUAUGAGGCAGAACCUGGAACCUGCAGGCGUGCAUGGCUCCACAAGGGCGAUGCCGUGUUGCACUCUGGGAAGCAGAGGAAUGCGUAGAGCUUCAGCUCCGGCCAUCGCCUCUUUGUCCACAGCCAACUUCUCAAAUAUAAUCCCUGGAGGUCAGCCACAGCAGUUUUCUCCACUAGUUGGACAAAUCCCAAAGACCUCAGAGCAGAAUUUUCCUCUCAGCUCAAGAACCGAGCUCUUGUCUGUGUUUCCUGACCCACAGGUCACCAUCCCCAAGAACCUGAGUCAACCUAAAAAGCCAAACCGGACCAAGACGGUUUCAGACCUGGAAUGUCUUUACAAAUUCCCUGCCUUCCAGACCAACAUUGACCACAAGGCAACGCAUAAAAAAGGCGCUUUUAAAAGAUCCCUGAGCACCGGCAGGUUAUCUGAUAUGCUGCUGAAGGCGGCCUUUGGUGCUAACCUUCUUGAAGAGGAAAGUGAUGAAAGCUUUGGGACUGACAGAAGUAUGGAUAUACCAGCUCCACCUGCUGGAAGUUACAAAUGCUUUCAGUUCUCUGACAGCCCCCCUCCUGUAGUUUUUGCCAUGGGUUCUCCGUCCCAGGGAACCACUCCUCCUGAUGCCAAGGUAUCGAGGAUGUUUUCAGGCUCACCCAGUCAUAUCAGUUCAGCUUGGCCACUUAUCAGCCGUACCCCCCCACGAGGAGCCAGAAGAAACAGUGAAACUGAUGCCAUGGAUGUAAUUCUGCACAGAAACAGCUUUUUUCACCUUCCAGGGCUCCCUGAAGAUACCCUCAUGGAGGAGGCUCAUGUGGAUGCUCUGAGUGAUUUGCGUUUCACCUUGGCUUUUGUCCACUGCAUCAUGGAGCUGGCUUCUUCAAAGGAUCCCGAGCUGGAAGCUUGCAGUCCGGAUAUUUCCUUUCUACAGAAGAGUUUGGUGACAGAUCAAAUCAGCCUCCUGAGUAGAGAAUGGAGCUUUGCAGAACAGUUAGUGUUGUACAUGAAAGCUGAGGAGUUUUUGUCAUCAGCACUGCACACUGCCAAGGAAAAUAUCAAACAAGGCCAACUCCAGCCCUCAUCUAUUGUCAAACAAGUGAUCAGAAAGCUGAACGACUUGUACAAGAGCUGUGUGAGUUUCUGUCGCUCCCUGAAUGAUCGUCUGCAGACCUUCCUACUUGACAAACAGAAGCUUAUGGACCGUUUCGGUGGUUUGACAGCAGAGAAGCUCAUCUACAGCCACACUGUGCACAUGGUACAAUCGGCUGCUUUAGAUGAGAUGUUCCACUAUGGUACAUCCUCAGUCCAGCGCUACAACAAAGCUCUUUUGCUGAUGGAGGGUUUAUCCAGAAUUCUUACAGAGCAACAAGAUAUUGAAAGCAUUGAUAAAUGUAAGGAGUGCAUCGAGAAACGUCUCUCAGCUUUGCAGACGUAAGUUUAUUGUGAGCUCCACAGCUGCAUCCAUAGCAACAGAGUAACUUGCAUCAUCCAUCACUCUGGAAUGUGGAUAGAUCCUUCAACACAAAAGCACUUUGAUCUCCUCUUGGAGAAACGACCACUGAAGCAUCUACUCUUGCCUUACAAGACUGUAACUGCAUUAAACAUGCACAGAAACAUGAAAAAUCUGUUUUGCACCAGUGUUCAUGAAUGUUGGAGUACGUUAAUUAAAUGAAUGGUUCCCAGUAUUUGUUUUGUUACAGACUGUGCUAUUGUGUUUUUGUAGUGUUUUGCACUUAAAAUGAUCAGACCGGCUAAGGAGAUUAUUUCAUACUUGAAAAAAAAGGUUGAGGCUUUUGUUGUGUUAAAGCCUGUUUUAUAUGUUUCAGAUGUUUAGUCAACAGCACAUGUUUUUUUGAUAAAAUGACCAAAUAUUGCCAGUGAGUAGCAUCAUCAGAUAAACUGUGCCUCCUUUGCAUUAUUUCAUCAAAGCAGUGAAUGAAAUGUAAAAAUAUGCUUUGAUCUCAAACAGAACAUUUUUUGCCUAUCAGUCUUAAGUCACAAAUAUUGCAGAGUGCAUUAAAAACAUUUUGAAAUUUAUUAAAGUUAGUUUGGACAAAACAUGUCCAGUGAUUCCUUAGGUAGUAAUGCUCUUGGUAAUGAGAAACUGCAUGUUUAUACGCCAUUUGAGGCAUGUUGUUUUGGGGUUUUUUUAAACUUCAUAUAUGCUUACUUUUGGAAAAAAAUCUGUUUAGAUUAAAAUCAACCCUUUAUAGAUGCAUUAUCUUGUAAUUGCUUGAUAACAUGUUGAUUUUUUUAGUGAAAUUAUGUUAUUUAGUGGUUGUUUUUAGAUUUAAAUCAGCCAAAUUGACGAGAAUGGUUGUUGCAAUGUGUGAGAAAAUAAAUAUUAUUUAUUGUCAAAA